AUGCAGUCCACGCUCCCCUUGGACCCUCCCAAGACGCAGGCCGGCAGCGAGCUCAGAAUGCAAAUCAACAAGCUCGACUCGGAGCGGUGUCGGUUCGUCGCGGAUGGCGUGAAUCUUGCGUACGUCGAGAUCUCACGUCCUUGCAUAGGGUGGUGGUCCGCUUGACAUGGAAAACUUGACGCUCAUCCACUGCUCGCUUCUUCAUCCAUCCCGCCAAUCCCAUGCAAUCGAUGCGACGAUCCUAACCUUCGACCUUUCUCAUCCACUCUGGUCCCUGUUCUCCUGUUCUACACCAGUCUCGCCAACUCACUACGAAGGGUCAUGAUCUCCAACAUUGAGACACUGGCAAUCGACCAAGUGCAAAUCGAGGAGAACACCUCCGUGCUACCGGACGAGAUGAUCGCUCAUCGAUUGGGACUGAUCCCCUUGUGGAGCGAAGGCAUCGACAGGAGGAUACCCAACCACAACAAGGUGACGAACGACCCCGUCGAGCCACAUCCCAUUCGAUCAAUCUCCCACUGACGUUGUCGUCUGCAACACCUGUCGAUUCGUCACAGGAAUGCGUGUGCGAUGCCUUUUGCGACCUGUGCUCGAUCACGCUCGAACUGAACGCGUACUGCACCGAGGACCGAACGAUGGAAGUCACUUCCAAGAUGUUGACUGUUGUGGGUGAUGAUCGAUCUGGGAUUGGGAGACCAUCAGUCGGUGAGUGGACCCCUGCCUCAGCAUUUGGGCUACUUUGGCGCGGGGGGUUCGUUCGAAAGGGCUGGCCUGCUCAUGAGCUUUACCAUUCGACUAUCACCAGCUGGCGAUCGGGACACAGGUGUGAUGAUCGUCAAGUUGGGAAAGGGACAGCAGAUCAAGAUGAAAUGCAUUGCAGUUAAAGUACGUCGAAGCUGGGUCGAGAACUGUGGGCAUCGUCCCAGCUCGCUGACUCGUGGAGUUCCUUCACACCGACCGCGCACAGGGGAAAGCACUAGAACAUGCGAAAUGGUCCCCGGUAGCCGCACUGGGGUUCGAAUACGAUCCGUACAACAAGCUGCGGCAUACCGACCUGUGGUUCGAAGUAGGGACCGACCCGAACGAGGAAUGGCCCCUUUCCGAGAAUGCACAGGUGAGAGCAUGAAUCGACACAUCUUGACGUGCAGCAAUCGCUGAUGGUGCGGGGAUGCCUACGUCACAGUACGAACGCCCACCGGCCAAGGACGGUACCGAUCCAUUCGACUUCAAUGCCAACCCAACGCGAUUCUACUUUGACGUCGAGGCUGUCGGCCAAAUGAGGCCCGAGGAAAUCGUCGUUAAAGGCAUCGAUCAACUCAUCCUCAUGCUCGCAGACGUUACAACCUCGAUUGCCGAAAUCGCCAAACCUCGUGUCAACUCGGGGCAAACACCGAUGCACCCUGGGAUGGGUGGUGCGGAUCUCGGAGGGGGCUACGGUGGCGCGGGACAAAGUGGGUAUGAUGGUGGGGCAGGGGCAGGGUAUGGUGGAUACCCACAAGGGGGUCAAGGACCUGCGGGUGCCGUCCCCGCUGCGGGUGGGUUCCCCAACUAUGGUGCGAGGAGUCCACAGCGGAACGGGUACGACGAUUUCAACUAG